AAAAGAAAACAAUCUUUUCUGUAGACGGAGUCAUGAGAAGAUUACAUAGUUGUUGAAGUGGUGUCCUUAGAAGAUGGAGAAAGGUUCAGAAGAGCCUUUCCGGCAGGAGUCUGGAACAGGUUCUUCAAACCCGACUAAUGAUGCAAUCCCACCUCUACAUCCCUCUAUUCGGGAGUACAUUUUCAAUCUUACCGAAGAGGAGUGGAAGGAUUUCAUCAGCAUGAUAGACUGUCAAAUGGCAAGGAACCAGUUUGUGGAGAUGUGUCAGGCUGUACUUAAAGUUGUGAGCUCCAGCUCAAUGAAUGUUAUUCUGCCAGUUUUUUCGCAUAUGGAGAGAAAUUUGGAGCACUCCUCUAAUACAUGCCCAAGGUGUAAGAGUGCAGGUUCUUCCACCUCAGCUCAGAUGUCUGGACGUCCUGCAAGCCAGGGGAGGAUGUUCCGUAUGAGAGGUUCCCUGGCAGCAUUGUGGAAGACUAUGAUGGCAUGGCGUCUUUCCCGUGCCUCAUCAGUUCCUACCACUGCUCUGCGUUCCUCUAUGGCUGACCAUCCUGCCGACAGUGCCAAGCACAAGACCUUUGACCUCUCUGAAGUCGAUUCGGUGGCGCAGCAUGGAGGCCAAUGUUGUGACCCAGCAAGCAUUAAGGGGAUGGUGGACAGAGUUCUGUCAAGUGAAGGUCUUGACGGCAUGGCCAGACACCUGGUUGAUGAGAUGCAGGUUAUCCUGCAGCAGAGUAGCCCAUUUGUGACACAAACGGCUUCUGGCAGAAGCACCCCGAUAUCUCAGCCUCCUCAGAUGGUGUACUCAUAUGCAGAAGGAGCUAUGGGCGAUUUGCUCAAGCCAUUAUUACCAUUUCUGGUGGCUCACAGCGCUCCUUUGGAUGGACCAGGUUUGAGACGGGCAGACUCCCCUGCCACUGAUGGAGUAGAUGAAGUCCCAGUCGAUUCGAUGGCGCAGCAUGGAGGCCAAUGUUGUGACCCCGCAAGCAUCAAGGAAAUGGUGGACAGAGUGCUAUCAAGUGAAGGUCUUGACGGCAUGGCCAGACACCUGGUUGAUGAGAUGCAGGAUAUCCUGCAGCAGAGUAGUCCAUUUGUGACACCAUCGGUUUCUGGCAGAAGCACCCCGAUAUCUCAGCCUCCUCAGAUGGUGUACUCAUAUGCAGAAGGAGCUAUGGGCGAUUUGCUCAAGCCAUUAUUACCAUUUCUGGUGGCUCACAGCGCUCCUUUGGAUGGACCAGGUUUGAGACGGGCAGACUCCCCUGUCACUGAUGCAAUAGAUGAAGUCUCAGCCACAGUCACAGCAGAGAACAUGGACACAGCAUCUUCUCACAGCAAGGACCAAAGUGAAAGAAGACCGGCCAGCUGUGAGCCGGACUUGACACAGCAGGAUUGCAGCCGCCGGAGCAUGAUCAGUGUCUUCACCAACUUGAUGGUCCAUGAGCUGAUGAUCAUGCUUCAGAAGGACGCAGCAGCUGCGAAACAGGAAAGGAGCAAUGAUCAGAAGUAUGAAGAUCGUAUUGACAAAGUCAUGUCAACGUUUGGUGGAGCUUCUGGAGCUCCGAAUAUGCAUGAGCACCUAAACAACAUCAAGAUCCAGACCAUUUACAGGAUAAUGGAUGGGCUCCUGCUGCAGGAGUUUGGCUCCGAAGCCAUCCAGCAGAGGGCAGGGAAUCCAGAGGUUGGCUUUGGUAACAUCUUUCUGACUAAGUUGAGAGAACUGUUCAGAAAUAGCGCCGACGUCACUGAUGUCCCCCCAUCUGCACAGAGAGCUUCAUCCUCAAUUGGGCCUGUGCACGCAACUGCAGGUGACAAAAAGCAAAAAGCAGGAAGAUUCUCCAGAUUUCGACUCAAGGCUCCAAAGAGACGCAGCACAAAGGUGUCUCCAAUCGCCAACUGUGACAUGGCAGGCAAGCAUGCAGAGACACCUGCCCCGACUGAGAACAUUUCUGAUGCACCUGCUGAUGGACCAAAGGCUGGCAAACGUUCCUGGUUCAUGAGGAUGUUCAGUUGCUGCCUCCAAAGCCCAACUCUGGCCUGAACAGACCUCAAACUCCCCAACCUGCCAAAACUUCCAUCUAAUCUCACAAUGUUUCUUCCAUUUCCAACGUCUAUGCCCUCAUUCUACCAUAGCCUUACCCAUUCUAUUUUCAAAACAUUGAGUACAAUAUUUUAUUACAUUUCAGUAAUUGAAUUGAAAAAUGUAGACGCAAAACAUUUGUACAACAGGAGUAAUUGCAAUUCAUCUACCGAAGCAGGUCAUGAUCGUCUCUGUAGGAUUUUAACAUAUGGUGUACUCACUUUUGUGAGGUAGGCUACAUUUGAGUCAUAACGGCUGUAUUUCAAAUGACUUUUAGUGAAAAAUAAAUUGAAAUGGCUAUAGAA